AUGGCUCCCUUAAAAAGGAGAGUGAAAGCCACCUCCGAAUCCCUAUCAAGCGAAUUUUCCGGCUCCCCUGCUCUGACUCACGCUACAAGCAAUCCUAGUGUGUCCUCUCCGCCAUCUGACUCUAAACCCCAGAUCAUGAGCAAGGAAGACAGGCACCAGGUGUUCCAAGAGCACCUCAAAAAAAUAGAAAGCAUGACGCAGGAGGAGUUGGUGGAGUUCCUGAAGAAAGCUGGUCAUUGGGAUAGGAACCCGGGCAUACCAUACGACACUGACGAUGAUACUAAAUAUGAAAAGGGCGAGAAGAUCGCCUAA